AUGCCGUUCUCACCCAAGGAAGUGGCAGAGCACAACACAAAAAGCUCCUGCUGGGUCAUCAUUGACAAGAAGGUGUACGAUGUAACUGACUUCGUACCCGAGCACCCUGGUGGUCCUCGCAUGAUCAUGAACUUCGCAGGACGUGACGCGUCGACCGCCUUCAAGUCAUUCCACUCGCCAGAUGUGUUGGCAACAAGACUACCGCGACACAAACAUCUCGGCCACAUAGGAUAA